AUGGGCUGUAUGGGACAGUCUAGUCUCCGUCUGCCCACAGAGGGAGAGCAACCGCAGCCGUUCAUUGUCCGCAUCCAUUACUACCAGGAGAAGGAGCGGAUACAGCGCUUAGCCAGACAGAAAGGCCGGCUGGAGUUUCAAGGGAAGCAGAUCUUCAUCUUUCCUGACUACAGCGCCGACCUGGCCAGACGCCGGGCUGCUUUCAGCGAGGUAAAGGGACCACUACGGAAAAACGACGGAGUUCGCUCCCGAAUGACAUUUCAUAAGAACCACCGGGACUUUCAUACCAUCAUGACUAUACUUUUGUCAAUCAAUAAACGGACGAUCCCUGAUUUGUACUUGUGUGCCGUGCAGGUCAGAACUCAUAAAUGUAAAAAAAACCCGUCCUACAAAGGUCGAUCAUCAUUGUUCACUGAUGAGCUGAAACAUGGAAACAUUUCACUGAAACUGACCAAAGUAAAACCUGCAGAUGAGGGCAGAUACAGAUGUUACAUCCCAGAGAAGGAUGAAGAAGUUUUUAUUGAUCUUGUGGUCGCAUCGAGUGCUGUCUCCUCACCUGUCAUCAGCUUAGCAGACUUUGAUAAAGCCAUCAGUGGUGUGGUGUUACAGUGUGAGUCUACAGGCUGGUAUCCAGAGCCUGAGCUGCUGUGGUUGGACGGUGAGGGAAACCUCCUCUCUGCUGGACCUACAGAGACCCUCAGAGGUCCUGAUGACCUCUAUACUGUCAGCAGCAGAGUGACUGUGGAGAAGAGACACAGCAACAACAUCACCUGCAGAGUCCAACAGAGGAACACCAACCAGAGCAGAGAGACACACAUAUAUGUUCCAGGCAAAUGUAGUUUAUAAAAUUUA